AUGUCGCGGUCCUUGCCUGCGGUAAACAAGCGGGGAAGCCAGGUGCCCGUCAGCAGAGGCAGCGUGCUGACAUCAUCCCGGGCUUCCCUGCUACCUCCCAUUGAGGCAACUCCCAGUAGGCCUGUCAAAACUCGCGGGUCCCUCCAGCCUGAUAUACCAGAAGGCCCGGGAGGUGUCAGCCCUUCCGGACCAGGAGCUUUCAGACGGGUGUCCUUCAGUCCCACAGCUGCAGACCAGCAACCAGAGCAUAUCGAAACAACGCUUUCGCAGCUGAAGCUGUUCAAGGACAUGGACAGCACGGUGCUGAAGAUGCUGCCGGAGAUUGUGACAUCCAUUCUAUGCAAGGCUGGAACAGUGCUUUUCAAACAGGGAGAUCCCCCCGGAAGCUGCUAUGUUGUCAUCGGCGGUGCAGUUGGCGUUCAUGUACUGUCGGAUGAGGAGGGUUUGCCGUCAAAUCAGCCGCAGGAAAAGCACCGCUUCACCACGGUGAAAGAGUCUGGAUUCUUGCAGGACUUCUUGCCUGGCCAAAGGACAGUUGACGGGUUCAGUCGUUACCACGAGGACACCAACUUUGGCAACCGGCUCUCCCAGCUGGGGCCCGGCAGUGUCCUGGGUGAGCUCGCUCUCAUCAACGAUCAGCCGCGACUGGCUUCGGCUAAGUGCGUCGAGGACUCGGAAUUCUUUGUGAUUCGCAGGAACGAUUUUGACAAUGUCCUCAAAGAGGAGAUGGUCAAAAAAGGAGAUGAGAAGCUCAGGUUUCUCAUGAAGCAUCUGCCCGGAAUGAAGGAGGUGCCUGUGCCGAAGCCUGGGGGAAAGCUUCACGCGUCCUACAUGUUCAAGCAUGCCAAGUUCACGCGAGGUCAUACAUUUUUGGUGCAGGGCAAAAUCGCCGAGCCGCACAUAUGGGCUGUCUACAAGGGCUCGGUAGAGUUCCGCAGGGCUGAGGCGGAGGGUUAA